AUGUCGUUGUGUAAAGAAAAUGUAGAGGGCAUCAUAUCGUUAAUCAAGGAACAUUCUGUUCACAAGGCUUUUGCUGUAUUUCUUAGAGCAUAUGCUGUUGGCUAUGCAUUAACUACGACGCCUCAGCUCAUAGGCUACUGGAGCUUACAUAUCAUUAAAUUCUUAAAUAAAGCGCAAGUCGUAGGAGAUAAGAAUACCCGAGAUAUUGUCGGGGUAAUUAAUCUAAUAUACACUCUUGUACGCGAGUCGAUUAAAAGAGUAAUAUGGCGGCGACUGCACAUGCGUGGGGUCGGUAUGAUGUGCGGAUUAGCAAUGGGUGGGGCACGACUAAUGGAAGAGAUCGUGAUUAAUCGAAAGAAAAAGACCAGAAGAAAGAAGAUAGCCGACGCCAAAAUGGAUCAAAAGGCGAAUGCAUUAGCUACGCCAGAGCGGAAGUCCAAGUGGACAGAAAGAGAUUCUAUCGCAACUACUUUUUUCGCUUCUACUAUAUCUUCUUCCCUUUCUCUCUAUUAUAUACAUCGAGUAUCACCAUCGACUAUACAUAGCACGAUAGAUUUUACUAUGUUUGCACUUGUGAGAGCAUUUGAUGUGUUAGUGAGAUUUGCUUACCAUGAACGAAUGUCAGAAAGAAUCAAGAAGAGGUGGAUACCAAAGUGGCUCACACGACACACAGAUACUGCAGUGUUUAUCGCCAGCUGUACCGAGAUUAUGUCUUCUUGGUUUUUUGAGCCUCAGCGAUUGCCCAAAGCUUAUGUGCAUUGGAUAACACGUAUGGCAGCGAUGGAUUCACGGUUACUGGAUGUUGUUCGGUUGAUGAGACAGGGAAAAUACGAGUAUGGUCGAGACAGUGGCUAUGCACAUAUUCUUGGGAGUUAUUGUGCAGAAAUAGGUUUGGAUCCUUCGUUGGGGAAUCCUGCAAAUGGACAACUUCCAUGUUUGGUAGUGCAUGGGAAUACAACGAAAAGUUGCGAGUUGCAUACUAUGAUAAGAUGGAUUACCGGAUUUUUGAUGGCAUUGAAGAUUUACAUACCAGUGCAUCUACUUCCGCCACUCUUGUUUCGUCCUCGUAGAUUCUUUAAGUCACCUCUCCCGAUUCUGCUUCACGUUAUUAUAGCAACCAUGCGAUCAGCUUCAUUUCUUGCCACUUUUAUUGCAUCUAUCUGGUAUUCAUGUUGCGUCAUGAGAAAUCGUAUCGGGCCUACUCUCUUUCCGUCAUUAAAUCCGACUAUAUAUGACAGGCUUCUUGGUCCAUGGUUAGGGAGCAUGAUUUGUGGGAUUUCGUUAUUGUUUGAGAGCAAGAGAAGAAGAGGGGAGAUGGCAUUGUACGUCGCUCCGCGGGCCUUGUAUUGUUUCUGGAAUCGCAUAGUUGCUAACAAUGCGUGGUGGCAACAAGCAGAAUCAUUGCGUGAACUCGGUGAAGUUGGAGUGUUUGGCUUUUCUAUGGGAGUGGUAAUAACUUCAAUGAAGUACCGAAAACAUUUGGUUAGGCCUCUCGUUAGAGGUGUGCUUGAAUGGAUUCUCAAAGCAUAA